AGCUGUACAAAGGAACAAGGAACCGAGGAUGUGUCACUCAAACUUUUUCUCAUUUCAAUUCAAAAUUUAACAAUCGAAUAGUUUUAUAUACUCUGUGACCUAUAUCGUAACAUGUGACGUUAGUCAUUUUAUUAUUAUGGAGGUUUACUGUUUGAAUAGUUGUGACGGGUCAUUUUAAAUUUGAUUCAUUUUCCGGUCGUUUAAAUGUGUACAUUAUUUAACCUUUACCUAAAUCAAAGAUGGACACUAGUUUAUUUUUGUUGACAACGCUGUUUUUUAUAGAGAUUAUAGCAAUUUUACCUGCUACUUCAGAGCAGAUUGAGAUCAGGGAAGGCAGAACCAAAGUAUUACAAUGUCCUCCAGGAAAAGUUGUUAUUAUUGAAUACGCCUCUUAUGAAGGAGACGCUUUCCACUGUAAAACAAAUGAUGUGACCUCGCAUGUCAAAGGUCGUUGUCAAUGGAAACGUAAUUGCACGUUGUAUGCAUUCGAUCGUAUUUAUGGAGAUUCGUGUACGGGACCAGAUGAGAGUUUGUAUAUAAGAUACCUAUGUUACGAAAGCAGUAUUUCAGAUGAUUGUUAUUACCGGAUCGAUGGUAAAGCGUUUUACAACGGAACUAGAAGUAUAACAGCAAGUGGUAUAAUCUGUCAGAGGUGGGACAGUAACUCUCCGCACAUCCCAAAACAAUGGCCGUCAGGAAGAGGGAAUAAAAAUUACUGUAGAAACCCGGAUGAAGAUGACAGACCGUGGUGUUACACGUCUGACCCCGAAACUAGAUGGGAGUAUUGCAAUAUUGACUUAUGUGAACUAACAACGAUUCGGACUUCUACGCCCAAGUCUAUGGCGACAGAAGAUGACGAGGAUGACGACACUCCAGUUGCUGUCAUCCUGGGAGUAUUAUUUGGCGUGUUAGUGACUUCCAUUGUACUAGUGGCUGUUAUUUUGAUACUGAAAAGACGUGGUGUAUUCAAUGCAGAACCAAGUUCAGCAGACCAAAGAAUAUCUUACAUAUAUUCAGCGCCUGAGCAAAACAACACAUUACUUGCACGUGUCAGAAAAAUCAUCAGAUGGAAUAGAAAAAAUGAUGGGGAGACAAACAUCAUCGCAACCAAUCCUGGAUAUUCUGCUAUGGAUGGGGAGAGAAUCGAACCGAUAGAUUAUGCAAACAUGCCGAUGGUUAAACCACGUGUUUAUGAGAUGCCUAGUGCGUCCGAGUCACGUGAUCACCAAAAGCAGCUGUAUACAAGUCUGUACGAUACUCCUAAUGGCGGCAACAAACAUCAGGAGUCUGCUUCCAAUGAAUUAUAUGAGAAUGAAUAUGAAAUCGCUGAACGUUGUGUACAACCACCGAAACAAAAAGCAGCAAUUUAACCAAUUUUGAAAGGACCUAAACCAUCGUCUAAACCUUCACUGAAAAUGAUCAAGUCUGAAAAUGUAGCUAUUGACAAUAAACCUGUUCGUAAACCAUUCCCAAAACCAACCAAGAAAGACACUGAGUCGACGAAUAUAAUUCAAUCACAUAAUCCGGUUCAAAUGACAGAUAGUCAAGACAAAUCAGGACAUAUAGAAAUCUUAAAUAAACCUGUAUCGACACAAGAUGGGUGUGACUAUGAAGCUAUAGGACUAGAUACACAAGAAAAUCCACUGUAUGCAACACAAAUUGGGUCUGCUCAAAUAAAUGAAUGUCCAAACGAUGACAAUAAAAAUAUAUCACAGGAAAGUGACAAAGGUCAGUAGUCUGUCACGUGUAAACAAUCAAGUUCAUCUGACAGUCAAUCGCCGGAAACAAUCGAACAGUCAAAUUAGUUUUAAGUCUUGUACAAAAAUUCAACAAGACAUAGUAAUUGAUAAAACUAUAACUUUGGAAUGCUUAAAACCAAUUAAACUUAUACUGUAAGUUGAGCUUUAAAUGAUGCAAAUUAUAAAUGUGUUGUUAUGUUUUAUUGCUUACUGCCAAAUAGGGACUAGCCUAAGUGUUAUUUAGACAGGGAGUGUUUAGCUUGCCUAUUAAUUCUAUAAAAAAAAAUUAAAAAGAAGUUAGCUUUGAAAUUUUCCAAAAGCAAAUGAGUGAUAAGUGAUUAAAUGGAAAAUAUGAAACAUAUGAUCACAAAUCGGAAAACCAACUAUGCAUUAAAUUUGUCAUAAGGACAUGAAGUGUUGCACCAAUUAUUUCAUGUUCUUAAACUUAUUCAAGUGUUUCAUAGAUAUAUAUAACGAUAUUGUGAUAUUUAUUCGUGAUUUAUCCCGAAAUUCGGAGAAAUUUAAUAAAUAUGUUAUGACAUAUUAUUAUGUGUUUCUCCAUGUAUCGCAUAUAUGUGAUGAAAUCAAUGUAAUACCCAGACAAACGACUCAUGGUGGAUUACAUGGAGGCUUUCAUCUCAGCUCUAUUCUAAAUUUUUCUUUUAUUAAAAGUGUUUUAUUUAUUUAUUUAUCAUGUUUAAACAGCUAUGGUUGUUAAUGUUACUUGUAUUGUAUUGCAUUU